GCCGGUGCCACGAUUUCACUUUCGCGCCGGCCGUCGCCGGAGGAGCUGCAGCGCGCGUUCUCCGACCGAGCGACGUCGACGCUGCGUCUCGCACGGUGCCAACCCAAGGAAGUCUUCGGCUGCGUCGCUCCUCCUUCCGUGGGGCGCGUUGCGCGGAGCAGGAGUACGGCCGGAGCGUGUUACGACCCUAGCGACACUUUCGAAGGAUCUUGGAUCCAAUGCUGUCGUCGCUGCGAAAGGAGGAGGCGUGGAAGACGUUUCGUGCACCGUUCAGGACAGCGACAGUUCGCCAAGGAUGACGACAUAAAGAAAGAAAGGUACUUUUUCGACGAGGAUGGAAAGAUUUGUUUCAGCGACAAUUCUCUUGGCAUGCGUGCUGGCGCCAUUCGGCCGCUGCCAGGAGGGCGUCCGCGACGACAGCCACGUGGAGAACGUGGUGCACAAGGCGGUCGCGGACGAAUUCAGCAGCGAGAUCCUCACCAACCGCACCAGAGCGUACCUGUCAUGCGCAUCCGGAGAGAUGGUGGUCAAAAUCAACUUCAGCGAGCCUUUCCGUGGCAUUACGUACGUGGACUAUGACAAGACCAGUCCCUGCAAGUUCUACGGCGACGGGAGGAAGUACUACGAGCUCAGAAUACCGCUCAAGGGGUGCGGCACAAAGCAAGAGGCCCCGAGAGUUUUCAUCAAUAAUAUCAUCGUACGCUUCCAUCGGUCCCUGGAGCUCGAAGAAGAUGAAAUCAAGACUAUCAUCUGUCGCUAUCCGCCUCCCUUGGCACCACCGCCCACUAAUGUGAUUGCACCUAUUAUCGAAGCACCACCAAUUUUGCCAGCUACGAAGCAUCCAAAGCUGUCCGAAGUCGAGUUGCUGCUCAUCAUAUGCGCUUUGCUGUUCCUGACGCUUCUACUGCUGGGCAUAGGAAUUGCUUACUACUGCCUGAAGAAACGCAACAUCAAGGUUGUCAAGAAGAAAAAGGGCAUUUCAUCGGCACCCGCUUCGGAGAUUACCAAGCUCAGCGGCUCAACAAUGGGGACAAUGUCCAUGUUCGAUCCUAUUCGCAUACCAAGGGCGAUGGCCACCUCCACUUCUGGUUCAGAAGCGGCUUUGCUUACUCCUGUAUCCGCACAGCGCUCCGAGACAAUACCAUCGGAUUACCCAAGUGAGUCGCCGUCCUCAGCCUCUGACGCGGAAGAGGUCGUAGAGCAACGCCAUGUCGUUGUAUCGACAGUCCCUGUGCAAAAACAGUAUGAUAACGAAGCCUUCGCUGGCGAGCCAUACCCGAUGGAUGCUGAGAGGGCUGAAUCACUGUCUUCUGUACAGAUUGCGACAGUUUACAAGCCUUCUAUACCCAGGGCAAAAACGAAGCCAUAUCCUAUGGAUCAGGAACGUGACGAAUCAGUAUCAUCUCUGCAGCAGGCGCAGUUGAUUCUUAAGCCGACUUCAGCGAAGCAACAACAACUGCACGCAAUAACCGAAAGCGAAGACCAGCUUGACACUGAGACUGUAGAGAAGAGCUACGCCGCUGUGUCGCGGGUAGUUGCUGCACCUCCGACUGCUUACAAAGUAGAACCGCCAGUGUACACCAAGGUUCGCAAGAAAGAAGAGCCCCGACCUCCAUCGCUGUAUGGCAGCAUUCCUGACAACGAUGACUGGUCCCACUCGGAAGUCGAAUUCGCGGCUGAUAUGAAGCCCCUCAUUCGAAAGCCCAAACGUACGACACAGGUUCUCACAGACUAUCUUGUCACAAAACAGGAUGACACAGAUCUUCGUGAAGACGUGACAAAGCGCCGCCAGGACACGUUGCGUUCACUUGCUUUGCCCUCUGAGGCUCCAGAUACUUCUGCGUCAGAGAUCACUGCCAUUCCCGAAACGGCGCUAGCUCCACGUAAGCCGAAAAUUACCGUCAAAAAUAUUGACGAGGUGUUUGUCACAACAGAACAUGAGACGAUCGCGACUGAGCAUGUCGUGAAGACGACGAAAGAUACCACAGAACAGCUUGUUAAAUCUCCGACGACUCCGCCCUCUUGGGACGUGACUAUCAGGCACUACGCACCUGAAGACGAGGGGCCAUCCGGAGAGGGAUCGCCACUUCCACCAAGAUCGCCUUCUGGGCAGCCUCCGUACACAGACAGACAAACAUUGGAAGAAGAUACAACAGAAAUAACUCGAGCCACUGCCACAACCACCGCUGACCACCGCCUUCGUACAAGCUUUUCACCAGAGCCUAAACCACCUCUCAGCCUGCGCACCACAUCACCACCCCAGUGGGAUGUACUGAACCGGGUGAUAACGCCUCCGCCCGUUGAAGGCGUGGAGGAACUUACACCUGACGUAAAAACGAAGUGGAGGACGCUCGUGACCGUCGACGACGUAUUUCGAACCCUCGUGCAUGAGGCUACGACGACUGAGGAGUACGUCCGCAUCAGCCAAGACUUCCGGUACGAAGCAAUGUUUGAACGCCGCGUGUGGGACGUUAUCAUUCGCGUGCUCACACACCCAGACUACCUCCACCCGCCCAUCCACGCUGAAUUCCCACCUGAGGUAAGACCACCGCGUUACCGCAAAAACCAGGAGCAGAGGCGAAAAUCUUCACUACCACACGUGCUCUCAGGUGCGGGCAUUCCAGCCGAUCUGAGGUCCUUGCCAGAGUCGCACAGAUCGAACUCGAUUGGUGACUUUGACAUGAGGUCAAUGACUGAGAUCGACGUAGACUUCUCGCGUCUCGAACGUGAGUCCAUUUCCAGUGAUGACACUCUACGGACGGGUCUCAGCAUUACCGACCGCGCUACAUCCGAGUUUCUCGAGGACAUUCCCAGCGUCGAAGGCCGAGCGUCCAUCGACGGAUACCUGCCUGUUGUCGAGAGGAUGUCUGCCGUGCCACCAGUCGACACAGACGAUGCUCGCAGUGACGCUACUUUCGACAUUCCCAGCGGGAGAUUCGUACCAGGCGGAGCCCAAGGAGCCAGUCGCACGUUCGUCGAGCGCUCUUCUCGGCAGUACUUCGAAGACUUGCCAGGCAGCCAGAGCAGGAUCACGUCGGACCACAUGAGAAUGCAGACGUCGAGGGUCGUCAGAACGGGAGGUCUGGAAAGGGCGCCCAGCAUGGACGGUAGAGAAGAGAUUAAGUCCAUUACUGAGCAGGACAUCUACGACUGGUUGCGAUGAGUUUAUUGCAAGUCUACACGCCAGCGCUAACUUGUUGUGCAUAGCGGCACACCACUGCCACCAACUUGCUUUCCCAUCAGUGAUGCUGUGCCAGGAUAUAUAAAGUGCCCCGAUGAUGCCUUUUGUUUAACUCAAACCCAGGAGAUCCCAAACUGCACAGUCAAUGCGAAUGAUGACAAGAGAACUCUAAGAGACGCGGUCGACUAACUGGUUGUUCUUUUUUUAUUCUUGUGCUUUUCGCUUCUAGUUAUUGAUGGUGCAUUUAUCUUGUAAAAUAUGAAGCAGCGUUGUCUGGCACAUUUUUUUUUCAGGCAGUGACUUACACAUUACCCAGUAAGCUCUAAUGCUUUCUGUCCUCAGCGAAAUGGGCGAGCUUCAUAGGUUGGUUUUCGCAACACCAUUUCUGUAAUAUAUUUUCUAGAUGAAGAUGCAAGGCCCGACUCAUAGGAGCUAUACAACUGUUUCACAGAGUGCAUAUUUUGUCAUGUACUUCAGAAUAUCGCGAAAAGUGACAUUUAGAAAGCUUGCCAUGAUUAAUUUGCUUUCUCCUCAGCAGUAUGCGUCAGUGUGGAUUUGUGUAUGUGUAGAGAGGGACACCACGAGCAGGUAAAUGAAGUCAGAAGUAUGAUGGGGCCAGUCCCCCAACUCUAAGAUACGGAAGGCUCGGGCUGUACUUUAGACCAAACGCAUAUUUCUAAUGUUUUUAUAUUUUACAAGCUCGAGUCACUGUGUACCAUGUAAAGGGAAAGCUUGCCUUUGUGACCGCUUUUACUGCCGUUUUGAGUCUUUAGUGCGCCCAGUUCAAAUAAACGCAAAUGAAGUAAAAUAGUGCAUGAACUGGUGGCUUUGCUUCUUGUUAUUUUUGUUUACGGUGUGUUUUGUCUCCUUGAAAAAGAACGCGCGCUGCAUAAACUGCUUGUUUUUGUUUUAAAAAGAUGAUUGUUUGCUGCCUUUGAAAGAUUUAUGACGAGGCCCUACUGCCAUUUCUGUAUUUAUUAAUCGAGACGUGUUAAAGAUGACAAUAAAGCGCAUUUUACACCACUGCUUUAGCAAUAAAAUUAUUUUGGAAGCA